AGACAGAAGAAGCUGUCGGAUCCCCUGGAAUUGGAGUUAUGGACAGUUGUUAGCUGCCAUGUUUGGGGCGCCUACCCGCCCGCUAGGCCAAGCGUAGGGGGUCCCCUGCCCAAUGGGCCUGGCUAGGGCCCUGCGCCGCCUGAGCGGCGCGCUGGAGUCCGGAGAAGGCCGCGGGGGCGAUGAGGAGGCAGGCGGGCCUGGGCUGUACGGUAACGGGUGGGCGCGCGGGCUGUCAGGGACCCGGCGCCGAGGGCGCUUUGUCAAGAAGGACGGGCACUGCAACGUGCGCUUCGUGAACCUGGGUGGUCAGGGCGCGCGCUACCUGAGCGAUCUGUUCACCACGUGUGUGGACGUGCGCUGGCGCUGGAUGUGCCUGCUCUUCUCCUGCUCCUUCCUUGCUUCCUGGCUGCUGUUCGGCCUGGCUUUCUGGCUCAUCGCCUCGCUGCACGGCGACCUAGCUGCCGCGCCGCCGCCCGCGCCCUGCUUCUCACAGGUGGCCAGCUUCCUGGCCGCCUUCCUCUUUGCGCUGGAGACACAGACGUCCAUCGGCUACGGAGUGCGCAGCGUCACCGAGGAGUGCCCUGCCGCCGUGGCCGCCGUGGUGCUGCAGUGCAUCGCUGGCUGCGUGCUCGACGCGUUCAUCGUGGGCGCUGUGAUGGCCAAGAUGGCCAAGCCCAAGAAGCGCAACGAGACGCUGGUCUUCAGCGAGAACGCUGUGGUGACGCUGCGUGACCACCGUCUCUGCCUCAUGUGGCGCGUGGGCAACCUGCGCCGCAGCCACCUGGUGGAGGCUCAUGUACGGGCCCAGCUGCUGCAGCCCCGUGUGACCCCAGAGGGCGAAUACAUUCCACUGGACCACCAGGAUGUGGAUGUUGGCUUUGACGGAGGCACCGACCGCAUCUUCCUUGUGUCUCCCAUCACCAUCGUGCAUGAGAUUGACUCUGCCAGUCCCCUAUACGAGCUGGGGCGGGCUGAACUGGCUCACGCAGACUUUGAGCUAGUGGUUAUUCUCGAGGGUAUGGUUGAGGCCACAGCCAUGACAACACAGUGCCGAUCGUCUUACCUCCCCAGGGAGCUGCUCUGGGGCCAUCGCUUUGAGCCAGUCCUCUUCCAGCAUGGCUCCCAGUAUGAGGUUGACUAUCGCCACUUCCACCGCACCUAUGAAGUCCCAGGGACACCAGUCUGCAGUGCCAAGGAGCUACAUGAACGGGUAGAGCAGUCCUCUCACAGCCCUAAGUCAAGUUUUCCUGGCUCCCUGGUUGCAUUUUGUUAUGAGAAUGAACUUGCUCUAAGCUGCUGCCAGGAAGAAGAGGAGGAUGAGGACACUAAGGAGGGGACUUCAGCAGAGACCCCAAAUGGGGCUGCCAGCCCCCAAGCUCUUACACCAACCCUGGCGCUGACCCUGCCUCCAUGACACAGCUGAGACCCUCUUCCCCAUGUGAGCCCCUUUCCUAGAGAUGGCAGAGUUGGAGAGCAUCCAGCUUCCGCUGGGAGGGGGUAAAUGACCUGCCGGGACAACCAUUAACCAUGAGGUUGUGCCAUGCCUGGUGGGUCCACCACAGAUACACUGGACCUUCAUGUCUCUGCUCCAUGCUCCUUCCCAAGACCCCUUUAUGAACCCAGUUCCUGAGUCUUGCUAGAGCCAAGGGAUUCAGAGUUCUGGACUACCCAAGAGGCAAGGCCUGGAGACUCGGUACUGGUCAAACAUCAGGUAGACAGCCUUGGUGGGGACAAUGUCAGUCUACACAGAUCAAGAAGUUGAGAGUCAAAGUAUGGUGACUUCUCCACCCAGCUACCCUCAGGAAGUAAAGGGUAGAGGACCAUCAUGAUUGACCAAAGACAGGAUGGUGACUACAUGUUAGGAAAGACCAGGUGGCACCUGAAAGCCCCUGAGAUUUUGCAAAUCUAGGUUGACUGCAGAAGCAAACACUGGAGAUUCUAGAACAGGUUGGCUAGAGAGUUUAACUGCUCCAGAAACUACAGAGCUAUGUUUCUAAAAUGCACAAAGACUACUGACUCUCCAGGGUCUGGCUGAGAGACCAAGUCUGGCUGCUCAGUAAUUCAGAGUAUUGCUUUGUUUUGUUUGAAGUGCCAUUCUAGAACAUCUAAAGGAAUCAGGAUUCUGUGGCUCCACACUGGUCAGAGUCCAGGCAGGAUUCUAAAUAUCUGUGAUUUUCUGGCUUCACUUUUCCCAGCAGGGUUGAGGGCCUCCAUGCCCUGGGUGACUUCCUAUGGUUCAAUAAUGCCAAAAGGAAACAAAGCUCAGGGACCCAGAGCCAUCCCUUCCCCAAACCUGGAAGUCUCAGUCACCUCCAGAUGGACAGCCUGAUAGUUCUAGGAAGCAGAUGCCUUUCUAGAUAGAUCUGGCAGGCCUAGAGCAUCACAAAGCUACCUAUGGGCAAUGGAAGGUGGGGGGGUUCUGAGGCCGAUGAGCCUAGAAUACUCUGGAAUAUUACACCUAGU